AUGAAGGUCACAACCAAAAUUUCGGCAGCGGUACUUUGGGGUUCCGCUGUCGCCUAUGCCUGGGUACCCCAUUUUGGCAAGUCCUCGAAGCGUCAAGGACCUUUUGGACAUCAUGACUGGAAUACUACUUUACCUCCUAAUCCACAAUGGCCAACUACCAAUUUCUCUUCCCUUCCCUGGUUUCCCAACAACACACUUCCUCAGGAUAUGACUAAUGGUUUGUCUCAGCCAANNUGGGGUAUGAUCGAUCAUCCUGGCUUUGGUCCGUGGGUAGAUGGGCCCAUGCCUCAAGGUUGUCCUUGGGGUCUACGACAGCAGAACGACACAAACCCCUACAACGAGAAGAAUGUGCCCAACACUGGAAUGACUCGUUACUACGAGUGGGAGAUCACAAAUCAGACCAUGGCUCCAGACGGUGUUGCACUUCCGCUUCUUGUAGUCAACGGUCAAUUCCCAGGACCUCUCAUCGAAGCUAACUGGGUAAGAAACAAUCCUCAGCUGAUGUGUAAUGCGGUGCCUAACAGUUUUAGGNGUGAUUGGAUUGAGGUCAAGGUUACAAACAACCUCAACGAAGGUACUGCCUUGCACUGGCACGGAUUCCUUCAGAAAGGCACUCCGUGGUAUGAUGGAACUCCUGGCGUAAGUUGUCAUUCUUUGCACACGCCAGUAGAUUGUGCUGACAGGUUAGNNAUUUCCCAAUGCCCUAUUGCUCCUGGAAAGUCUUUCACUUACCGCUUCCGCGCCGAACUCUAUGGUACCAGUUGGUGGCAUUCUCACUGGUCCGCCCAGUACCUUAACGGCUUGGCUGGUCCUAUGAUCAUUCAUGGACCUGUCGCCGACGAAUACGAUAUUGAUCUCGGUCCUAUCAUGUUGACUGACUGGUUCCACAACGAUUACUUUACUUUGCUUGAACAGGUCUUUNUCGCUACCGAAACUGGACCAAUCUUCCCUCCAUUUGCCAACAACAUGCUCAUCAAUGGAAAGAACAACUACGAUUGCAAGAACACUAAUCUUACAUGUACUCCGAAUGCAGGCAUUUCUCAGUUCCGCUUCGAGAGUGGCAAGAAGCAUCUCUUGCGUUUGAUCAACCAUGCUGCUGAAGCUGUGAUCUUCUUCUCUAUUGAUGGAUACCAAUUGAAGGUUGUCGCCAAUGAUUUCGUCCCUGUUGAACCUUACUACACCGACCUUGUAACUCUUGGUGUCGGUCAGCGUACCGAUAUCAUUGUAGAAGCUACCGGCAACAGCACUGAUGCAGUUUGGAUGCGCAUGACUGAAGGACCUUCUGGACUCGGACCUCCUAAGGGUCAGACUGGCUGCAGUUUGAACGAUGGCAAUGGUGUUGAGGCUCUCGCAGCCAUCUACUACGAGAACGCUGAUACUAGCGUGCCUCCCACCACCACCAACACUAUUGCUGAAUCUCGUCUCUUCUUCCCACUCAACUGCAACAACCAACCCCUGAACCUCACAGUCCCAAAGUAUCCCAUUCCCGUCCAGGAGCCUGAUGUCGUCCUCAACUUUACCAUGUCUGCUCAAUACAACUCCUCUGGAGCCUUCAAGUGGUACAUGAACAACCAGACUUAUGUCGCCGACUACAACGAUCCCACACUUCUUGAAGCCAAGCUUGAUAAUCUGGACUUCCCAGACGAGAGGCGUGUGUUUGACUUGGGAACUAACAAGACCGUCCGUAUCAUCAUGCAGAGUGUUGGCUUCCCUGCUUCUCGUAAGUCACUCUUUUUGCACAAACCGAUAAAACAUACUAACGAAAUCUUCAGACNNCCCAUGCACAUUCACGGCUUCAACAUGCAGAUCCUCAGUGAGGGCCUCGGAACUUGGGACGGUGUCUCCAUCACAAACCCUUCAAACCCCCAACGCCGUGAUACACAGCUCGUCCAACCCGCCGGCUACCUCGUCGUUCAAAUCGAGCUCGACAACUGGGGUGUCUGGCCCUUCCACUGCCAUAUUGCAUGGCACAUCAGUGAAGGCAUGAACAUUAACUUGCUUGUCAACACACCCUAUGUUACCAACGAGAUGGAGGUUCCAUAUGUCAUGGCCCAGACUUGCCGUGAUUGGGCUGAAUACACCAACACGACUGUGGUUAACCAGAUUGACUCUGGUCUAUAA